GUUGCCGGCAUAAAGCCCCUCAUCUGCUCCUGCAGCGUACGUACUCCCCGUGCCGCGACGCACCUUCGUGGGUCCCAUUAUCAAAAGAAACCUGAUCGGCAACGCGAACCUGCUCCGCCUGCCCUGCGCCCGUCGAGAGGCGCUGCAAAUCUGGCGCGAAAGCAGACCUCCCCUCCAUGAGCAACUUCCCCAGUCCCACCGCCUCCACGACUGGUCGGGUGGGCGGCAAGGACGAGCCAGCGGAGCCGCAGUGCGUGUGUGCGACAUGUAUGAUGCGCCUGCCGAUGCCCCGCUCCUCUUCCAUCUUUACGUCUUUUCAGUGCCCGCAGUGCCGCAUGAACGGCAUGGACGCGAAGCUGCUCUAUAUCCGACGCUCCCAGCCCGUUGAGCACUCCACGCGCUGA